CCCCCCCACAUAGAUACACAUAAAGAAAAGAAAUGAUUGGUACCAUCUCAGCCAAAGCUACAGAUGCUCAGUCUCCACUAGGAAACAUUAGCAGUUGGAACAUUAUAUCCAAAUAAAAGCAUGAUCCACUCCUAUAUCUCACUACUCCUCAGAAUCAGAAACACUGACCUCCUGAGCAGUGCAACAACUGAACUCUAGGGUCAAGACCAGCAAUCGCACCCCAAUGCGCAAGUCACUAGGAAGAACAAUUAAAAACCAACAAGCUAGCACCACAGAUCCCUGCACAGAACUACCACACUAGCAAACAGCCUCCCCACAGUGAGCCUCUGGCCAAAUACGGAAUCGGUGAAGUGGAAAGUGGGAGCCACCCAGCAGAGUCCAAACCCAGAGUAGGGUGACUGGGAGCCCACCUGACAGGCGAGAUUGAGACACAGGGGCUCUUUCUAUUUCCAUGGCUAAUAUCUGAGCACGUGGGAGCAAUUUCAGCACAUUACCCGAAAGGCUGAAACACUGUGAAAAAUACACCCAGCCCGGGAGCCAGAAGGGGGCGUCCUGCUACGGAGCCACCUGGGCUGUAGAGGGACAAAUGAACACAUGGGGGGGAACUUCCCGCACCCUGCGAGCUCUUUGCAGGGCACAACUUACCUGCCUCUGGAGAUUCCCUUUGGCGCCAACACGCCUACAGCUUGUGGGGUGGCGAACGGCGCCCCUCAUUUCCCUCUCCCUUUGUGUGACCUCACAAUUGGAUACUAAGUGUGUUGCCUAGUAACCACGGAACGCAGAACCACCCGCAACAGCGGGACCGGCGGAGCCUCCCUGCUCUGUGCCCCAGGCGGGCCGGGCUCUGGCCGUGGGAUGCCGCGCACCCUGGAGGGGACGGACCCGGAUGGGCAGCGGGAGGAGAAAUCAGCUGAGCAGGCAAGCGGGAAACACCAGCUGCCGCUCUCCGCCCUGUCCGCCUUCAGCUACGUCCCGCCCAGCCGCAGGGACCCUCCGGAGCACAGCUACUUCCACCAGCAGCUCAAGACAGGGAUUGUUUCCACAUAUGACUCCAUUUUUAAGAGGCCAAUGGGUUACAAUGAAAAACUCCACCGAUGUGACAGAGAACAUGCAAACUGUCGAGUUCUUAACAUUAAUGAUGAGGAACUGGCAAGACCCAUUGCUGUUUUGUCCUCUUCAGAAUAUGGGAGACACAUAAACCAGCCCGUAGAGCAGUUGAUCAGAGAUUAUGCAAGGAUUAACCGUGUGCAGGCAGAGUUCUGCAGGAAAAAUGGAGUCACCUGCUUGUUGGAAAAACCUUCUCAAAGUCUCAAACCAUCAUAAAGCUCCUGUCCCCCCAGCCACCGACAUGAACAUAGUGUAACACAGUUUUCACAGCAAUAAGAAAAUGAAUACUUUCCUUCAGCUUGUCAAUGUGACUUGGAUAAAAAAAAAAUUAAGCCAUAAGAGCUGUCAGUUUCCCCAUGUUAGUGUAAAUGUACCUUGACAUUUCAUUAAAAUCUUGCAAAUAAUUUCUCUUCCAAUUUUCAAUGUAUUACGAUAGGAUAGAGCAAGUUUCUUCUUCAAAGCAUUUACAAACAUCAAUUUACAAUCCACACAACCAUUCCUAUUAGAUUUGUAAGCAGUAUUACCCGAAUGGAAAAACUGAGGCAGAAAGAGGUUAAGGCCAAGAUUUUCCAAAACAGGUACCUAAAUCUGUAAUCGGAAAAAAAUAUAAACAAUUUUCAGAUCAACCUGAAAAAAAAUUUGUUGAGAUUUUUGGCAAAUGGGAAAUUUUAAAAAAAUACAUCAUUUGGGUGUCAAACUAAACCUUUCAUUCAAUUAAAAAUGAAGUGUUUUGUUUUGGUUUCAAGUAUUUAACUUUGUACAAUAAUACUGAAGGACAUUUGUUAGGAUAUAGAUAUUCAGGCCCGUCUGUAAAGGCCUAUACCCUAAGAAUUUAGGUGUAUUCUUAUCACUUA